AAAUUCAGCACCUGAUGAUGUCUGAUCUCAGAUGAGUUUAUAAAUUCAGCACCUGAUGAUGUCUGAUCUCAGAUGAGUUUAUAAAUUCAGCACAUGAUGAUGUCUCAGAUGAGUACAUAAAUUCAGGACAUGAUGCUGUCUGAUCUCAGAUGUAUUUAUUAAUCCAUCUUUUAAUGCUGUCUGAUCUCAGAUGAGUUUAGAGUUUAGACAUUCAGCCACCAUACAGAAGGCGCAUGAGGAGGGUAUCAUCAGCACAGUCAAGUCUGAAUCCGAGGCAUUUUUUUUUACAUGGACAUGGAUGGGAAUUAGGCCUCUGCUUAGUUUCUGCGCUUGGUUAUCUGCAUUUCCCCCAUUAGAUCAUUACAGUCCGAUGACAAGAAGUCAUUUUCUCUCUCAGAGGCUGAUUUUUGUUGUGACAACAUCAUGUGUUUGUGGGCGCCUCCAGCAGCAGCAGUAGCCUGAAAUGAUGAGUAUGAUGGGAUGGAAGCUAUCUGCUAACCCAAGGAUGCUUUGCAGCAAAUAAUCCUAUAACUCGUCCAUGCUCUCGAUUUUAACUCAUUUAAUAGAACACCGUUGAAUUUUUAACGAUCAGUCUGCAAUCAGUAUAGCCUUAAAAGAGAAAAUAAAUAAAAAACAGAUAUAUUGACUUAGCUUUGCUAGCUAAGUAGCUGUUGGCAGUGUAUAUUCAGCAAACGGAGGGAUUUACAGCAAAAUAAAACACGAAUCAGGCCGGUAAAGUGUGUGAACGGGACAUCUGGAGUCCUGAGGGAAUGAUUUCACUGAGAAGAUUAAACGACACAUUUCGACCGCUGUAUUUAAAAGCAAAUGAAAUGAACGGUCCAUAAAUAAACGAUCGUGCAUCCGAUUGUUUAGAUGCAGAGGUGGCCACUGCCCAACAUAUUUCACCUAAAACAUUAUUAUAUGACCAAAAAUAAUUCUAAGUAUAUAGCAAAGUAUAAUAAUAACUAAACACUUAAAUCAAACAUAAUUGCAAUGGAUGAAGAGGCGUUUCCGUUACAUUAUCUGGUGUGGAACAACCAGUAUCUAGAACUGGACCGAGAGCUUCAGAAACAGCAGUAUGACAUGGAGCGGCUGGAUCCGCGCGGCCGCACGCCGCUCGAGCUGUCAGUGUGUCUCGGGCACCUGGAGUCCACGCGAGUCUUGCUGAAACACAACACCAAUCCAACACACUGCAACACACAAGGAUGGACAGUUUUGCAGGAGGCAGUGAGCACUGGUGAUCCUGAGCUGGUGCAGCUGAUCCUUCAAUACAGAGACUUUAGAAGAGCUACAGAGAGAUUGUCUGGCAUUCCUGAGCUAUUGAGCAAACUGAGACAGGCACGUGAUUUCUACGUGGAGAUGAAAUGGGAAUUUACAAGCUGGGUGCCUCUAGUGUCUAAGGUUUGUCCAAGUGAUGUGUAUCGUGUAUGGAAAAGUGGUUCGUGUUUGAGGGUUGACACCACUUUACUGGGUUUUGAGCACAUGACCUGGCUUAAGGGACGCCGCAGCUACAUCUUUAAAGGUGGAGAGAGUGGAGCCAUGGUGAUGGAGGUGGACCAUGAGAAGCAGGUGGUGUAUACGGAACCGCUGUCUCUGUCCCCACAUGACACUCCAUCCCUUCUGGCCGCCAUGCUGCCCUCACAGGAGAACACGGCUCAGAGACUCACCUCUCCUAUAGUGUCCACUCAUCUAAACACACGCAACAUUGCCUUUGAGAGAAAUAAGUCUGGGAUAUGGGGAUGGCGCUCAGAGAAGACAGAGUUUGUCAGUGGAUAUGAAGCAAAGGUUUACAGUGCCAGUAAUGUGGAGUUAGUGACACGUUCUCGGACAGAACACCUCUCUGAUCAAGACAAGUCUAGGAGUAAAGGAUCAAGAACUCCUCUUCAGUCUUUCCUCGGUAUUGCUGAGCAGCACAUCUCUAGUACUGGAAGUCAGGUGUCUCAGUGUGCUAGUCCCCACAAUCCAACGGCGAUCACUGCAGAGGAAUACUUUGAUGCAGAGUUUAAUCUGAAUGGCAGAGACAUUGGGCGGCCUAUUGAGCUUACCAGCAAAGUACAAAAGUUUAAGGCCACGCUAUGGUUAAGUGAAGCACACCCUCUCUCACUGGCUGAGCAGGUGACGCCCAUCAUUGACCUCAUGGCCAUAUCUAACGCCCACUUUGCCAAGCUGCGUGACUUCAUCACUCUACGCCUACCGCCUGGCUUUCCUGUAAAGAUAGAAAUUCCUCUGUUCCAUGUGUUGAAUGCUUGUGUAACAUUCAGCAAUCUUUGUGGAUGUGACGAACCAGUCAGUUCCGUUACUGUACUAUCGCCACAAGAAACCACAGAAGCUGGUCAGACACCUCCCCCCCUGCAGUGUGAAGUGGACCCGUCGGUGUUUGAACCUCCACCAGAAUACACCACACUUGGCCCAGGCCGCAGCGAGCCAAUGAGAGAUGAGGAUGAUAAUUUACUUCAGUUCGCCAUACAACAAAGCUUGCUGGAUGCAGGAACGGAGAGUGACCAGGUGACCAUAUGGGAGGCUCUCACUAACACUCGUCCAGUUUCUCAACCUCCGCUUUAUGAGGAGGACUCUCAGCUUGAGAGGGCGAUUCAGGAAUCUCUGUCUUUGUCACUGGCCGGAGGAGAGAGUGGAGAGUCAGAUCCAGGUCAACCAUUAUACCCACUUGACCCCAGCCUCAACUCACCUCCGUGUUAUAGCUCACUGGCUGAGCCUCGAGUGCCAGGAGCGUUCGCUGUGGCCAGCAGUUUUGAUGAACAGCUACGCAUCGCGAUGGAGCUUUCAUGCAUAGAACAAGAGGAGUUAGAUAGGAAGAGGAGGGAAGAGGAUGAAGAGCUGGAGAGGAUACUGCAGCUAUCACUCACAGAGAAGUAACUGUAGCGAUGCCAGAUUUGGGUUUAAAGGGAUAAAUUAUUGUUUUGUUUUUUCCUGCAGUGUUAAAUUCUUCUUUCUUUUCAAA